UCUUGUUCGGUUAUGAGAGGACAACAAGUGGACCUACUGCACCUAAGUUAAUCGCAGGAUGAAGAUCUUGAAGGCAACCAUUUUCAUAUAUUUAUUUUUCAAUUUUUGGAGGGUUGAAAGUGUAACAUCUCAAAGGCCGCAAUGUCAUCGAUGUGAUGAGUAUCACUUUUGCAACUGCUCUGCAGAAAACCUUCAACAAGUCCCCAUCAUUCCAGCAAAUGUUCUGAUUUUGGAUGUGUCCUUCAAUAACAUUGAGUCAAUUGAACAGAAUGAUCUGAGCCAGUACAAUGAACUGAAAAUCUUAAAGGUGCAGAAGAACAGACUUAGACUGAUCCAUGAAGAAGCAUUCAAUUCGCAGCAGAACUUGGAGGACCUUGACAUCUCUUUCAAUAGGCUCAUGAACAUUUCUCCAUCUUGGUUUCAUAAACUUAAAUCUCUAAAGCACCUAAAUCUUUUGGGAAACCUAUAUACAACCAUAGGAUCUGUUCCACUUUUCCAGUUUGUAGGUAGCCUAAGAACACUGAAGUUUGGCAACCCUUUAUUGCAGAAAGUGAGAAUCAAUCUCUUCAGUGGGCUCAGCCAGCUAAACGAGAUGAUGUUCAUUGGUAGUAGUCUGAGGUCAUAUGACGCAGGCAGCUUGAAGAUGACUCGACCCAUCAGAACAGUUACACUGAGUGUUGAAGGUCUGUUUCAAGACAACCCUGUACUUGUCUCGAAGAUCCUUCAAGAUGUUUCUCACCCUGAGACAUCACUGACUAUCAGAGAUGUUCUGCUGAACACAUAUCGAUCUAUGCAACCCUUUAAAGAGGCCAACAAAGGGGGCACCACAAGGCUUACUGUAUUAAACAUGAGUGCAACAGAUGAAGCAGUCACCUCCUUCCUGAAGGUUAUGAAUGGUUCCCGAUUGUCCUACCUUGAUCUUGAGGAUAUAAAGUUUCAAGGAGGAGGCUGGUGGCAAAAAGCUGAUACAGCACACUAUGAAAGUCUGCGCACUAUCCUUGUUCGCAAUGUUGAAAUCCAAGACUUCUUCAGCUUUGGCAGCAUGAUCCAAUUAGCGUUUCUUCUCAGGUAUCCCACUGAGAUAUCUGUGAUCAACUGCACCGUUUUUGUUAUGCCCUGUAUAACCUCAUAUCUUCUGAAAAAGAUUGAGUACUUGGACUUGAGUCAAAAUCUAUUAUCAGAUAUUACAUUGCAAGAAACGUUAUGUCGUGGUGUGGGAAUAAUGCACAAUCUCAACACCCUCAAUGUGAGCCACAACUCGCUAAAAUCCUUUGGGCUCAUGUCCCACCUGGUGACAAGUCUGCAGAGGCUGACAUUUUUGGACAUCAGUCACAAUGACUUUAUGACAAUGCCACAGAAAUGCACUUGGCCUGCGAGUCUAAGGUUCCUAAAUCUGUCUUCCACAAAGCUUCGUAGGGUAACACCAUGCCUACCUAUGAGCCUGACAAUUCUGGAUCUCAGUCAAAAUGACCUGACAGAAUUCCACCUCAGCCUUCCCCACCUUGUGGAGCUUAAUCUCUCUGGAAACAGAUUUCGGCAAUUCCCUGAUGGGGGAAGGUUCCCCAGUCUCAACAUACUAUUCAUUCAAAGAAAUAACUUGAACAUGUUUAACCGGAGUGACCUGAUGAGGUUCAGCCAUCUGCGGUAUUUGGAAGCUGGUCUGAACAACUUUGUUUGCAGUUGUGAGUUUUUGGCAUUUCUCAAAUAUGACAUUGACCACUUGAUCACACUCAGGGAUGGCCAUCAAAACUAUGUGUGUGACUCUCCGUUCAUGUUGAGAGGUCAUACAGUUGACAGGGCUCAACUGUCAGUCUUUGAGUGUUAUAUGAUUCCUGCAGUCUCCAUUCUCUGUGCUGCGAUUGUCCUCACUCUAGUCCUCGUUGGUGUGACCUGUCACAAGCUUCAUGUUUUAUGGUACCUAAAGAUGAUCACUGCAUGGUUAAAGGCAAAACGAAAACCAGCAGUGCGCAGAGCAGAGGGGAACCUUUGCUAUGAUGCUUUUGUUUCAUACAGCCAACGAGAUGCUGAGUGGGUUGAGGAGAUCCUCGUCCCAAAGCUAGAAGGUGCUCAGCCUCCAUUUGCCCUCUGUCUUCACAAGCGAGACUUCCUUCCAGGACGCUGGAUCGUGGACAGCAUAAUUGAUUCUAUCGAGAGGAGCCAUCUCACUCUGUUUGUUCUAUCGGAGCACUUUGUGACAAGCGAAUGGUGCCGCUACGAAUUGGACUUCUCGCACUUCCGUAUCAUUGAUGAGCACAACGAUUCAGCUGUCCUGGUCUUGCUGGAGCCAAUUCCCAAAGAGACCAUUCCAAAGCGCUUCUGCAAACUGCGCAAGAUAAUGAACUCCAGGACGUACCUUGAGUGGCCUCAAGAGGAAGAAAGGAGGGAGGAGUUCUGGCACAAUCUGCAAGCUGUGCUGAAGAGGGAGGAUUCCUGAUACGUCAGCAACAAUUAAACCUUUAACUUGACUUAAUUUUCCAAGUAGAAAUUAUAUGUAGUAAACUAAUUUAAGGCAUAGGACUUUGAAAGAGUAAAGCUUUUGUCAAUUAAUUACAAAAUGAUUUAGAUUGCUGUAAUCUUUAAAUUAACAAGUACAAUAAACACCAUUGUUUGUUGAUCACGUAGGCUAACAUUGUAGCCCCUGCAAACCUCCUCAUCACCAUUUUGUCAGCUGAAUGGAAAACGACUUUAGAUAUUUUUAAUUAAUGUAAUUAAAUAAACUAUUUUUCCCUGUAACUCUGUAAUUUGAUUAACUAGGACAGUGUUGGUCACCUGUGAAAUGUUGUGACUGUGUUGAGCUGUUAGAGAGCAAUGAGGGACGAAAGGGAAUGGUGAGAACCUCCUGCUAAAAAUGUUUAGAAACCACUUUUGUUAUUUUUUUGAAUUAUUUGAAAAAUCUAG